AUGUGUCUGCAGAACAACAGGAAUGUCGAGGCUGCGUGGACUGAGGAUCACGCUCUGGCCUGGCAUCUGGAGCAAGAGUUCAGGCAGAACUCCACAGCUUGGGCUCUGGAGAAAUGUUUAGCCUGGGACCAGCUUGAAAACCAGUUGCCCGACUUCCUGGGCGAGAUCAUCGACUGCCCCUGCACUCUGGCUCAAGCAAGAGCCGACACUGGAAGGUUUCAUACGGAUUAUGGCUGCGAUAUUGAGAAAGGGAGCGUGUGCACCUACCACCCUGGGUGUGUUCACUGUGUGAGGGCCAUACAGGCCAGUCCUAAAUACGCAGCAGGACAACAGUGUUGUUAUGACAGCACCGGUGCUCAGGUCCUGACUGCAGACUCGAUUGGGGGAAGCACUCCAGACCGAGCUCAUGACUGGGGGUCGCCUCCCUACAAGAAACCCCCUCGAAUCCCCGGACAAUCGCACUGGGUUUAUGACGUCCUCAGUUUUUAUUACUGCUGCCUCUGGUCUGAUAAUUGUCACUACUACUUUAAACACCGGCCCUCCAGUGACUGCAGGCAGUACCAGUCACCCAGCUCAGCCGUGGUGUUCGGUGAUCCACACUUCGUAACGUUUGAUGGAGUCAGCUACUCGUUCAACGGAAAAGGGGAAUACACUUUGGUCGUGUCAGAGCAGAAACAACUGGUGAUCCAAGGCAGAACAGAGCCUGUGAACGGUGACAGAAAAACGAUAAACGCUACAAAGUUGACAUCCGUAGCCAUGAGAGAAGCCUCUUCUGACAUUGUAGAGGUGCGUUUGAGUCAUGCAAACAAUGGACUGGAAGUGCUGCAAAACCAGCAAACCCUCUCCUUUGCUGAGCAGAGCUGGAUGGACCUACACGGUGUGUUUGUGUUCUCUCCGACUUCCACCAACGUGACCGUGAUGUUCCCAUCAGGAGCCGGGGUGGAAGUGCGGCUGAGAGGCGUAACCGUGACGACCACCGUCCUCCUGCCAGAGGAGUUUAAAGGCUCCACUCUUGGACUGCUGGGAAAGAUGAACAGCGACGCCACAGAUGACCUGGUCUUCAGCACCGGCCAGUCUGUGCAGAACCACACCGACCCAGUGGAGCUGUUUAACUUCGGGGCGAGCUGGGCUGUGUUGAACACGUCUGCCUUGUUCACUUAUGAUUCAGAAUAUCUUCUAAACACAUUUUACUAUGAACUCAGACACGACGACAGUUUUGUUCCGGUGUUUUCUGUCCCUGAGGAUCCAGAUGAUCCGCUGACUGAUCAAGCAGCAGAGAUAUGCUCUGGAGAGGGCUCUCAGUUCUGUAGGUAUGAUGUCCUGGUUGGCAGAAGUCCAGCGAUGGGAAAUGCAACUAGAGUUUCAUUUCAGAGCCACGUUUCUCUGGUGAACGAUCUGAAAACAGUUUUAUCUUGUGGAUGGAUUCCACCACCAAGUAAUGGGAAAAAGCAUGGGACCACCUACCUGCAAGGAGCUAAGGUGCAGUUUUCCUGCGACGAGGGCUACACGCUCAGAGGAUCAGCAGAGCGUUUCUGUCAGAAGAACGGCCGGUGGUCUGGAGAAGAUACAAGCUGCGUGGUUUCCAGUAACAUCACAGGAAUCGUGGCUGGUUCAGUCAUUGGAGCCGUGGCACUGAUUGUAAUUAUAACAACAACAGUCCUGCACUACAGAAAACAGAAAAGGAAAACUGCAGAUUCAGAAGAAGAGGGGAGGAUGUGA